ACCGAGAUUAUCCUCACAACCACGCAGAGAAGCAUCCGACUGAGGGAAUCGCUCACCUUGAGGUUGGGGCUGACGAGGGCCAUGACCGCAGUUCUAGCAAGGGAUGGAUAACUCCAUUGCAGCAUUGCUCCGCCUCCUCGGAGGUCGUAGGCUCGCAGCAGCAGUUGAAGCCGCAAUUCCCCGCUCCCCUGUCCCCAUUCACAGCUGAGGAGAUCGGACGGUUAGCUUGAGGUUUUCUCGUUCUUUGAUCCAUCUCAGCCGUUGAUUUCCAUAUAGGACGGGGGAAAUGCCUCCGUGAUCGGUUUAAGUUCUUUCGCUGCGGAGAUGGCAGCGGCGGCGGGGCCGUACAAAGAGAUGCUGGAAGUGGUGAACGCGUGCGCGGCCCGGAUCCGGUGGCGCCUUCGUCCAGCUUCCAAGCGCCGCCUCCUCAACGGCUGUGCUGUGGUUGUUGAUGAACAAACCUAGUUGUUGCCAGAUAUCCUGUUUCUCUGCACUGGGUUGCGGCCUGUGGUACUGGUCGACUAUGGUGGCACAAUGCCUCAGCUACAAGAAAAUCUUUGUGGCCUGCUAUAUCAUGCCCGGCAGGAAACAAGCAUAUUGAAUCCACUCCGCGUGAUGAUUAUUGGAGAUAUGCUUUACUUGAUCCAUGUUAAAGGACUUGCGGAACAUGCAUCACCAAACGCAAGGUCGCAGCAAGGGCUAGCUUUCGUGGACCUAGAGAAAAGAUGUUGCAAUCUGCUUACAACCAUAGAAGAGAAUGACACUGUGCUGGAGCUUGUAUCCAUACAAGAUCAAUUCACAGCCAAAUUUCCUCUAGAUCUGUCUGAUGUUCGACCUGGAAUAACAAAGCAAAUGUCAGGAAAUCCACAGAGUACUGUUGUUGCAGAGUGCACUGACAAUCACGUUGAGGACAGGACCCUAUUGGUCGUUGAUCUGAGUAGCUUCCUCGAGAACACCCAGAUUGCCUUGCCUUCUCUGAAUGGGUGGCUUUUAGGUUAUCCGGUAACAUAUUUGUUCCGCAAUGCAAGUUCUGAGGCAGCGAUACAGAACCUCUCAAGGCAGUCUCUGCAUAUCUACCGAGUAUAUGUGUGCGGAAGUUAUCGGUCAGCUGGCGAACGAAGAGAAGAGGAACUGAUGAGUUUUUCAGUUCCAUGUGGCGCGAGCACGAAGCGUGAUGAAGAAGUAUGGGCUAGAUCGUUCAUAGCUCGCAUGAAUGAGAAGCUCAGGCGAUGCAGCCAAGUCUGGGCAUCCAUAAGGCUAGAAGUCGAGGUUUUCCAGAGCCAGUCGCAGGUCAUUGUGUUGUAGUUGAGAUCAGUAUGGCUGUUAUUACGGGCUGAUGGCAUAAACUCCUUAUACAAAGCGACGUGUCUCAGAAGUAUCACUGCCCUGGGCCAAAUAAACGAGUUGGAUACAAGUCAUGCAUGCAGAGGCCGGAGGUCAUAUCCAUUAUAUAUUUUAUAUAUUUAUCUAAAAAAGCCAUUAUAUUAUGCUCGAAUUAUUGAGCAGUUUAUGUCACUAUAAAUUCAAAUUCGUUUUAGUCGUUUCUGUUGACUUUGUAUAACCUAAUCCUUGACGCCGACAUGUCUUUUAUAUUUACAUCAAAAUCACAAAGGAUGAAUGCUCGAGUUACAAUUUGAA